AUGAAGUUCACUCCCUUGAUUCUUGCCAGCCUGGCUAGCCUUGCCAUUGCAGCAGGCCCGGCACUGAACUGCGAAGAGACAUCGACAAACACACCCGAGCAGAGUGAGGGAAGCACAGAGGGAGUAAUCGAGGAAGAUUGCUCUAAUAAAGAGGAAAACGCCUAUGUGAAUUGCAAGAAGAUCCUGGGCAACUCUCAUACCAAGUGUUUAGAUGAGUCUGAUGCGGUAUUCACGGAAUGCAAGGCAGCCAAACCGAACUUUCCAGCAAUUGAGGCUCACUGUGACCGCCCCGGAAAGGACAAGGACGCUUGCAUAUUUGCCGCGCGCCGCUGUACGGCCCAGCUCAACAAGGAUGCCGACAUGUGGCAAUUUCUCCAGUGCAUUGAUAGAAUGCAGGUGUGUGCCGACCAAGGUGCCAAGUUGCAGCUUGACCAGUGCUUGGACAAGGCGAAGGAUUGUCAAGCACGGGAGUUCUUUACUCUCGGCGAGCUCACCAAGCUUGACCAGUGUGCCAAGAAGAAUCUCUAA